UUGGUUCACAUCAUCAAACCAAGAAAAUCAUGGCUUCCAGGUGCGAUGGUGUCUUCGCCAUGGCCAUUCUCGUGGUCGUCGUCUUCUCCGGUAAUAUCGAGACCUGCUUCGCAGCACGCCAUCUCCUGGACACAGCUGAGCCUGCAGCAGCACCGCCUUCCAUCCCAGCCAUGCCGAAGCUGACGCUGCCGCCGAUGCCGGCUAUUCCGAAUCUCAUGGUGCCACCACUGCCCGUGGUACCGACCAUUCCUACCCUUGCGGCGCCGCCACUGCCUGCUUUUCCCACCAUACCGACGGUCACGUUGCCUCCGAUGCCUUCCAUCCCAACCAUUCCUAUCAUCCCCUUCCUCACCCCACCGCCUGUAGCAGCGCCAUGAUGUCGAAGCAAGCCUAAGAACUUACUAUGUGUGUGUCGUCUUUGAAUUAAGCUAUGGUGAGGAGUGUCGGUAUAGCACAAGGGAGUCAUCUGUCAUUAUAGGAUUCCACUGAGGCAUUGAUAUCUUACACCGUAUGAGGCUGCUCGGGUCCAUACUUCAUCAUGUGUUGUAUGAAGCAUGCUUGGGUUUGUUUAAGCACUCUAUAUAUCUUGAGUUUGGGUAUGUGCUUUAGCUAGCAUCUGCUUUAUAGUAAAUUUAUAUGAUCCAUUCACCAAA